ACUGUAAGGGUUUUCUGCCCAGCACAACAGGUGGCUACUCUGAAUCAUGAAGAAAACACUAAAUUACAUUCUAUGUGCAUGUUAGAAAAGUCGAGAAUUAUAUAACUUUGUAAGAUUGCUAUGAAACCAAACCAUGUUUUUUAAACUUUUAAGAAAGCAUUCUAUCCAGCAGGACAUCAUGUGGGACACGUACUGGCAUACAGGAAUGUUACCUGGGGCACACAGGAAUGUUACCUGGGGCACAUCAGCCAGACAAGCCAGGCAGGCCGGAAGUUAGAACUUUCCUCCCGGGCAGGGAGGUCCCACUCCCUGGGUGGCUGGGGGCAGUGAAGACCCCAGGCUCUUACUCCGGGUGUGCACUUCCUCCCCAGCUCCCUGAGCUCCAGGAAGCUAUGCAGAAUGAUGUGUUGCUGGGAGCUUUUGGUGAGGAGAAGUGGCACAGACUCCUGUGCCGAGUGGGUGUGACCUGCAGGUGGGUGAGCAUCGCUGGUAGAGUGACGCUGGUGAGGGUCUCCGGCCAAGCCAGGGAGAGAAGCACACGGUGGGGUUGGGGGACCAGGAGGAAUUCCUGGGGGAUCGUUCUUGUAUUUAUUAGCUAGCUGGUACUUGUCAAUGUAAAAUUUGAAAAUCUGCUCUGUGACAAGUGUUGACCUGCAGUGAACUUCGGUGGUUUGGCCUGACGUCAUGUGUGUGCAGUGUUGAGUCCCAUCUGGAAAGGAGCUUUGAGAAUCAGGAAAACACUCGAAAGACCUGGUUUCUUAAGUGGGGGACCGAUUUGAAAAUUCUUUGCUUUUACACUUGUUAAAGGCCUCUGUAUGUGAUGGUGUGGACCCAGGGUCCCUUUGAACCAUGACCCGGUGUGUUGGGUCACCGUACUCCAGGAGACAUCUGAGUGCUGAGAAUCUUAGAAUUUCUGUGGAGGCUGGUGCUGUGGCCUAGAAGGUUAAGCUCCACCUGCAGUCCUGGCAUCCCAUUAUGGACGCUGGUUUGAGUCCUGGCUGCUCUGCUCCAGAUCCAGCUCCCUGCUGUUGUGCCUGGAGAAGCAGCAGAAGAUGGCUCAAGUAUUUGGGCCCCUGCACCUGCGUGGGAGGCUGAGAAGAAGCUCCUGGCUUUGUCCUCGCCCAGCCCCAGCCAUUGCAGCCAUUUGCGGGGGGACCGGUGGGUGGAAGAGCUCUUUGUCUCCUCUCUCGUAUUUCUGCCUUUCAAAUAAAUAAAUAAAUCUUCUAAAAAUUUUUUUCUGUUACAUCGGAUUUCUUCAAAAUAGAUUUGAUAUAGAACGAAAUAAGAGAAAUGGUAAAAUUAGAGUUAAGAUGGUUUUAGCUAGAGCAAAGUAAAUAAUUUAAAAUAGAUAUUUUAGGCUUAUUAAAUAUGAUUCUGAGAGUUGAAGGAAAGAAGAAAUUUUAAUUGUUUCAUCUGGUGAAAUAUUAUUGAUGUUUUUUUCAACUUUCAGGCCUUAGAGGAAUAAAUGCCCUCAUAGAGUUACCAGCUUAUAAAAAUAAUUUUUACUUAUUUUGAAUUUUUUUUGAAAGAGAGAGGCUGAAGACAGGAGCCUACAGCUGCUUCUGGGUCUCUGAAGAGGAUGGCAGAGGCCUGAGUGUCCGAGUCACCAUCUGUUGCCUCCUACGAUGCCUUAGUAGGAAGCUGGAUCAGAAGUAGAGUAGCCAGGCACUGCAGUAUGGGAAGCAGGCAUCCCAAGCAGCGGCUUAACCUGCUGCACCACAACGCCUGUCCCUUAGUAAUUGAAGGUAUGGUUUGUAAAGAGUGGUUAAUGGCUCAGGGAAGGUAGAGCUUUUAAAGCUUUUCUUUUUUUAAAGAUUUAUUUGUUUAUUUAAAAGGUGGAGUUAACAAAGAGGCAGAGAGAGAGAAAGAGAGAGAGGGAGAUAGAUAGAUAGAUAUCUUCCAUCUGCUGGUUCACUCCCCAAAUGGCUGCAACAGUCGGAGCUGGGCCGACCUGAGGCCAGGAACCAGGAGCUUUUUCCUGGACCUGGGCCAUCUUCCAUUGCUUUCCCAGGCCACACAGAGAGCUGGGUGAGGAGAGGAGCAGGCCAUAUGGGUAAGGGCACUGCAGACGGUGGCUUUACCUGCUAUGCCACAGCGCUGCUCCCUUACUUUUCAUACGUGUUAAUCACAUACACAGGUGGUGUGUGCUCAUGUGUGUGUGUGUGAAGUUGCCUUCCACACAGGGUGACUUCCCAACCAGAACCGCUCCCUGCUAUCUGAGAGUGCUGUUCCUCACGCUCCCCCGCUGACCUUUGUUUCUUCAGUGAGGUUUCUGGGGACAUGGGAAGGAUUCUUCAUGGAGUGUGGUGGUGACUGAUUUGCUAACAACCUUCCAAAUUUAUAUGUUGAAAAAUUUUCACCACCCCCCCCCCCCCCGCCAUGAGAGAGCAGAAUAUAAGGAGGUUUAUUCUGCUUUAAGGAGUUUAAGUAAAGGUUAGCAUCAAAUCAGUGUUUCCUUGUGGUACUUUUUGUUUUUCAGAUUUUUUUUUUAAUUUGAAAAUCUGAGUGACAGAGAAGAAGCAGGGAGAGACACAGAGAGGGAUCUUCUAUUCUGAAAUGGCUGCAUUGAUUGGGGUAGGGUCAGGCCAAAGCCAGGAGCCCAGAACUCCAUCCAGGGGCCCAAGCUUUGACCGUCAUCUGCUGUCUUCCCAGAUGCAUUAGGAGGGUGCUGGAUCAUGCGGAUCAGCCAGGACUCAAAUGCGUGCUCCUGUAUUGGGUACCUUGGGGUACUUUUUGUAUCCUCUCUAAGGUUGUAGUUGGUUAUGUAUGUGGUCUUUACUAAGCAGAACUCCCUGGGAGUCAGUUACCCUUUUUUAAAAUUUUUUAUUUUGUACUAUUCAGCCAAAGGCUAUAAUUUUUUUUUCCUUUUCCUUUUUAAUUUGAAAGGCAGAGAAAGAGGAGGUGUGUGUGUGUGUGUGUGUGUGUGUGUGUGAGAGAGAGAGAGAGAGAGAGAGAGACAGAGAGAGAGAGAGAGAGAGAGAUUGGUCUUACCUCUGCUGGUUCACACCCCACCCCCAAAUGGAUGGCUGCAACAGCCCGGGUGGAGCUUCUUCCAGGUCUCCCACGUGGGUGAAGGGGCCUGAGCACUGGGGCCAUCUUCUGAUGCUUUCCCAGGCACAUUAGCAGCGAGCUGGAUGGGAUUAACGGAGCUGGUACUUGGGAUGCUGACACUGCAGGUGGUGGCCUAACCUAUGCCACAGUGCUGGCCCAGUGGGUUACCCUUGUAAUUCACUACAGGUUAGUGAAAGUCUUAAGCACAGAAGGUAAACUAUGAAACUUUUAAAAGUCAAUAUAGGAUGAUAGCCAUAGGACUGGUAUGGGCAAGAGGUGCUUAAACAGAUCACAGAAAGUGCAGACCUUAAAGGAAAAGAUCAGCGUAUUUGACAUUGAUAUGGAUGACUGUGUUUAUUUAGAAAAACCAUCAAGAAUGUGAACAGAUAAGUCACAAAGAGUAGGUGGGUGCUGUUUGGUAUAUACAACAAUAAAAGAUUAGUAUUUAGAGGGGAAACCAAUCACAAAUUAGGAAGAAUAAGAAAGAGGACAGAUGAUCCCAAUGGACAUCUGACAGAAGAGGAAACUUGCAAAAAUGCUCAACUUCCUUUCAACCUGAAGCAGCCAACUUUAUAAAGAGAAAACAUUCAUUUAGCUCACGGUUUUGGAGGUCCAAGUCUGAGAUUGGGCAGCCCCAUUGGCUUGGUGUCUGGGGAGGGUGGUGGAUGUUGAUGGCAGAGGAAGGGUGCCCGGUGACCCAGAGAGCAGCAGAAAAUCUAGGCUCCGCUCUGCUUUUAUAACCAACUUUGUCUAGGGAACCAGCUUCUGGGGGCAUGACCUCUCUUCUUCCUGGCCCACCUCCUAAGCCACAUAGUUGGAUUAAGUUUCCUCUCUUAAUAACCAUUAACUUUUGACUUUGGGAUUUGAAUAGCUGCAUGCCUUUGGGAGCCAUAUUCUGUUCAAAAGGCAGUAGUUAGACAUGCCACUAUGGUGAGAUAUAAAGGAGAGCAGGUGGAUGACAAGCACAGAUUUAAGUUAUGGAUAGCUCUCCAAGAAGGGGAAAGGCAAUGGGGAAGGCAGACACAGCCCCGAAGGUAAUUGUUUUUCUUUAACUGAUCUGUGCUGAGGAUUUUGUUACAUUAUGCCUAACACUUUGCACAUAUUAAAUGUUUUUUGUAUCUAUGAAAUAUUUUUGUAACAUUUGUUUUUUAAGUUUGCAAUUCAUUCUACCCAGGGAUUGUUUAAUUUGUAUGAACAAGAUACGCUAGAGAUGAAGUAUGUUUUUGGAGGAGGGUGACUGAAGUUACUCUUCAACUGGCCGUCUUCUAGAUGCUGUCAGGAAUAGAGCCAACCAGAGGUACUGGGAUUAGAUGGUAAGGAUAGCUAACACUGAGCACUUACUCUGUGCCAGACACUGGCCAGAGCACAUUACAUGCUGGGUUUAUGCACCUGUAAGUAAACAAAGCUUGCCCCCCACAGUGACCCUGGGAGGGUGGGCGUUGUCACUGUCUCUGUGAAGGAAGUGGCACCUGGAUACAAGGUGCAGACACAGUCUGACUCACAGGGCUGCAGCAAGGAGACAAGCAUAGGCAAAAUUCUGAGAGAGCUGGAGGGACGAAAAACAAAAAGCCAAGACAGGAAUGGCAGUGUAGCAAAGACUGGUAUAAUGUAUAUUUGCUUCCUUUUUCCAGGUUGUGCUUUUUCUUAGUGGGUCUUUUUUUUUUAAAUAAUAAUUAAUUUGAAAAGCAAAGUUAUAGGGAAGGGGUGGAGGGAGAGACGCAAAGGGAAUAUGAAUGGAUGUGAGAAUAAGGAAUGUCUUGCUUUCUCUGGUUCACUCCCCACAUGCCUGCAACAGUUAGGGCUGGGAGCCAGGAGCCAGGAGCCAGGAACCAGGGGCAGGAACUCCACAAGGUCUCCUGUGUGGUGGCAGAGACCCAACUACUUGGGCCAUCAUCUGCUGCCCCUGUUUGCUUAUUAGGGAGCUGGAUUGCAAGCAUAAGUGGGGUUCAGCCAGACAGUUCAGUUUGGAUGCUGGAAUCCCAAGCAGCAGACUAACCUGCUGCAGCAUAACACCUGCCGCACUAGGUUUGCUUUUAAGCCAACACAGUCCUUUUGUCAUUCUAGCAGAUGACAGAUCCUCAAGGCAGAAAGAGUAGUUAAUUACCUUUUGAUUUUAGUUCUUGAAUAUUGAGUCUAAGUGAUAUCUGAAGAAUGCGUAUUUCCGUUCCUGAGAAAGUGGUAGUAUCUUGUUCUCACGUGUAGAGUCUAAAAAGUUACUAUCCUAGAAGUAGAGCAUAGAAGAGUGAUAACCAAAUCCUAGAAAGGAUGUGAGAGAGGGAGGGAUGGAGAGAGGGUUGGUUAACAGGUUAAGGUGCUGUUGGAUAGGAGGAAUAACUCCUGGUGUUAUAUAGCACAGUCAGGUAACCAUGGUUGACAACAGUUAGUUCUGUACUUCAAAGUGAUUAAUAAAAUUUUGAAUGUUCCCAACAGAAAUGAUAAGUGUUUGAUACAUGUUGCAUAUGUGUAUUGUAGUGUCUCAUCAUACCCCAUAAGUAUACACAGUUAAUGUGUCAAGUAAAAAUAAAAAACGUAAAUUAUAGUAUUCAGAUUUUGAAAAAAGAAGAGGUAGCAUUGUGUCAUAGGAUUUGGGAAAUCAUACUUAUUUGCUUAGGCACUUUGUCUUUUUUGGAAAUCAGUACUUGUCCAUUUUUUUCCUAACCUUUGACAAUUUUUUUUUUUUUGACAGGCAGAGUGGACAGAAAGAGAGGGACAGAGAGAAAGGGACAGAGAGAAAGGUCUUCUUUUCCGUUGGUUCACCCCCCAAUGGCCGCUGUGGCCAGCGUGCUAUGGCUGGCGCACCGCGCUGAUGGGAAGCCAGGAGCCAGGUGCUUCUCCUAGUCUCCCUUGGGGUGCAGGGCCCAAGCACUUGGGCCAUCCUCUACUGCACUCCCGGGCCACAGCAGAGAGCUGGCCUGGAAGAGGGGCAACCGGGACAGCAUCUGGUGCCCCGACUGGGACUAGAACCCUGUGUGCUGGCGCCGCAGGCGAAGUAUUAGCCUAUUGAGCUGUGGCGCCGGCUGACAAAUUUUUUUUUUAAGAUUUAUUUUUUAUUUAUUUGAAAGACAGAGUUACAGAGAGAGGUAGAGACACAGAGAGAGGUCGUCUAUCUGCUGGUCCGCUCCUCAGAUGGCCGCAACGGCUGGAGCUGCGCCAAUGCAAAGCCAGGAGCCAGGAGCUUCCUCUGGGUCUCCCAUGCGGGUGAAGGGGCCCAAGGAUACGGGCCAUCCUCCACUGCUUACCCAGGCCACAGCAGAAAACUGGAUUGGAAGUGGAGCAGCUGGGACUAGAAUCGGCGCCCAUAUGGGAUGCCAGCGCUUCAGGCCAGGGCAUUAACCCGUUGCGCCACAGCACUGGCACCAACAAUUUGUUUUCUCUUGCCAUAAUUUAUCUCAUAUAAUGGGGACUUUUUCUUAGAUAAACAUUGCUUAUGUUGUAACUUCAGCCAUUAUGGCGUUAUAGGCACCUCUUGAAAUUACCAAGUAUGGGAAAAUUAAAAAUGGUUCUAGAAGCUGCUGGUUAAAUUAUGUGUCCUUUGAAUCCAAAUAGCGCUACCAUUUUUGUUGGAUACUCAGAGUGCUAAAAUUUUCUGAACACGGGGAACUGUCAAGGACUUGUUAUUGUGUGAUGGUCGUGUUUUCUAGUGCAGUGAGCCCCUCACUAAGUGGAAGCCCUUCAGUAUGGGCUGUCUGCAUUUCAGAUCUGUGUAGAGAUUGUAGGAGAUCCCUUACAGUCACAUGUAGAACAUAGGAUUUUUAAAAGUAGAUUACAAAUUCUUCAGUUCUAGUUUCAACUACAUUUCACUAAAGCUAGAUCAUCUCAGUCUUAAUUCUCAGUGCUUUUCCAUGUAUUUGCUGUUUGCACUUCGCUCAUUUUUUUCUUACAUGUGCUUUCUUCUUCUAUGAAAAAAAAGUUUCAAAUAAAAAAAAAAUAAGGUAAUAAGAAUCCUAAAAGGGAAAACAUGUUGUCUAAUUAUCAAAUGUAACCAAAGUCCAGCAUACUUUUCAGUUAUUAAAUAUAACAGAAACCACAUUUUAAACCUAGACCAAGCAAUAACCUACUUCUUUGGAAGUGUACAAUUCACUUGUAAUUUCUGUUAAUUGUGGAUUAUGGAUCAGAAUUUGGUAUAUAGUUAUUGGAUCAGUUAUAAAAUGAAGAAUAGCAGUUGUAGGAGUGCAUGUUAAUUUAAGAUAUAAUUAUAAAGCCAUUAGAAUUUAAACUAAGGUGGUAAUGUACUUUUAAAAAUAGCGUAGAAAAUUUAUAUCAUUGAAGGAAGCGGAGUAGAAAUUAUAGCUUUCCAAAAAAUGAGAUCAGGUGGCUUUCAUUAGCAAUCUUCAGGGUUCAGAAUCUGGUUUCCCUGAUGAGCAGCAGUAGGAUUUCAAGAUGGCAGGCCAGGCAGAGUUUACUGAAGUGGCAUUCAGAGUAAUCUUGGCUAAUGAUGAUGUAGGCACGUCUUGGAAUUCCUGUGUGGUAGCCUAUAUAGGACAGUGCCUUUGUUUUCUGAUUCACUCUUCUCCCCCUCCCCACCCCGCCCCCCACGGCCAGUCCUCUCCCCCCACGCUUACAGCUGUGUGUCUGGGGAAGACACUGUAUGUGUACAUUGAAUAGUUGAGAGGGACUUCAGUCCGGUGGUCUCCAAAUCUGACACCUCAAUCACCUAGGGAACUGUAAAUGUAUAGAUUUUUGUCUUUGCCCCAGACUAUCUUAAUAAGAAUCUUUCCAUGGGUAAGACCUAGGCAUUCCUGUUUUUGAUGAUUAGCUAAAUUUGUAAGUAAUUGGUAUAAUCAAUGUCAGCAGACAAGAUUACAACAAAUUAAUUAUAAACAAAUUGUCUUUAUUUGGAUUCAUGAAUGGAGACAACUUUCAUUCUGAAAAAAGAAUGAGAGCUCCCAGUGGGUAAUAGCAGAAGGGGGGUUUGGUUUUGUAAGAGGGACAUUAGGAAGAAACUGGCUAACAUCUGGUAAUUGCAGGUUCCUUUUUGGUAAGGGCUGAGGCAUAGGGGACUUCCUUAUUAUGCUAACUCAGGUAUACUUGAAUCUCCUGUUUCCAGGAAAAACUGGGCAGUUUUCUUAAAGUUUCAGUUUGAUUAGGUAGCAUGUGACUGCCUUUUGGUCUGGAGUUCAGGAGCUCUGUUCAAAACAAUGAAUGGCCUCCCAUAAUUUAAAAUCCAUAAUUCCUUUGUUUUACAAAUACAGAAGUAAUGGCUGUAGGUGUGCUCUUGUUGCAUUUCAGAGAAAAGGUUUUUGUGAGAUUUUGCAGAUGCUAAAAGCCUUCAUUAAUGUCAGAAUAACAAGCAGUCUGAUAAUUUUUGGACUGGUGUGUGGCUGUGGUGGCUAGCUUUCUACCAGAAUCAGUUGUUCCCUCCCUCCCUCUCUUCUGUCCUUCCUUCCUUCCCUUCUGUCAAGAGUUACUUACUUAUUUGAGAGGCAGAGUUACAGAGAGAGGGAGAGACAGAGAGCUCUUCCACUCGCUGGUUCACUCACCAGAUAACUGCAGUAGCUGCAGUUGGGCUGAUCUAAAGCCAGGAGCCAUUAGCUUCUUCCAGGUCUCCCACUUGGGUGCAGAGGCCCAAGCACUUGGGCCAUAUUCCGCUGCUUUCCCAGGCCAUUAGCAAAGAGCUGGAUUGGAAGAGGAAAGGCAUAUGUGAUGUUGGCGCUGCAGGCGCCGACCCUGGAAUAAGCUGUUCUCUUCCAUUAGAUGUGGUCGCCCAACUCAAGGGUACGUUUUUUCAGCUUCCCUUGCAGCUCAGCCUAUGUAAGUGGAAGUGAUAGUUGCCUCUUUUGAGUCAAGGCUUUUAAGAAGGAAGGAAGCAGUGGCUGACGCUGUGGCAUAGCAGGUAAAGCCGCGGCCUGCAGUACCAGCAUCCCGUUUGGGUGCUGGUUCGAGUCUCUGAUGCUCCACUUCCGAUCCAGCUCUCUGCUAUGGCCUGGGAAAGCAGUGGAGGAUGGCCCAAGUCCUUGGGCCCCUGCACCCACGUGGGAGACCCGGAAGGAGCUCCUGGCUCCUGGCUUUGCAUUGGCGCAGCUCUAGCCGUUGUGGCCAAUUGAAGAGUGAACCAGCGGAUGAAAGACCUCUCUUUCUCUCUGCCUCUCCUUCUCUCUGUGUAACUCUGACUUUCAAUUAAAAUAGAUAUAUCUUUAAGGAAAAAAAAAAAAAAAGGAAAGAGUCAGCCACUUCUUCUGUUUGCUGGAGGCAGGGAUGAGGCAGGUCAAAGGCAGAGCUUCCAGAUGGAAGGAGCCAGGGUCUCUGAGUACUUGCUGACUGGGAACUCCUGCCUUGAAGUUUGUAAGAGUAAAACAGAAAUUUCUUUCGCAUUUAGGCCAUUUUGAAGUCAUUCCUUUAUAGCAGCUGUGAUAAGAAGGCUAUUAGAUUGAUUCUAGCCACUGUAUCCAGAUCCAAAAGAAAUGGCAGGCCUGCAGAAAAUUAGUAUUCUACAGUUUUUGUUCUCCACAUAUAAAAUUUCUUUUAUUUACUUUUCAGAGUAUAGGAGAGUAAUAUUAUUGAGUUAGAACAUUUUAUUAGACUAAUAUAGGGGUAUUCUCGUGUGAAAAUAAGUGAAUGGAGGGACCAGUGCUGUGGCGUAGCAGGCGAAGCCACUGCCUGGGGUGUCGGCAUCCCAUAUGGGCACUGGUUUGAGUCUUGGCUGCUCUACUUCCUAUGCAGCUCCCUGCUUAUGUGCCUGGGAAAAGAGUGGAAGAUGGCCCAAGUGGUCCCUAUACCACAUGGGAGACCUAUAAGAAGCUCCUGGCUUCGUACUGGCCCAACUCUGGCUGUUGUAGCCAUUUGGGGAGUGAGCCAGUGGAUGGAAAAUCUUUUUGCCUCCCUCCCCCCUUAAUUCUGCCUUUCAAAUAAAUAAAUCUUUUUUUUUCUUUUAUUUGACAGGUAGACUUAUAGACAGUGAGAGAGACAGAGAGAAAGGUCUUCCUUCCUUCCGUUGGUUCACCCCCCCAAAUGGCCGCUACGGCCGGAACUGCGCCGAUCCGAAGCCAGGAGCCAGGUGCUUCCUCCUGGUCUCCCAUGGGGGUGCAGGGGCCCAAGCACUUGGGCCAUCCUCCACUGCCCUCCCGGGCCACAGCAGAGAGCUGAACUGGAAGAGGAGCAACCGGGACUAGAACCUGCGCCUAUAUGGGAUGCUGGCACUGCAGGCAGAGGAUUAACCAAGUGAGCCAUGGUGCCAGCCCCUAAAUAAGUCUUUUUUUAAAAAAAUAAGUAGAUGGAAAAAUGUGAUGCCAGCCAUGAACGGUGGCCAACAAUGAGGGAUGUACUGAAUUACAGAAUACUCUUGUUUAUUAAUGAAUUUAGAGCUGAGAAUUCUUUAUUUUUCUUGACUGCUUUGAAUGUAUAUAGUUUAAAAAUGUGGUGUAAUAUGGUUUUUCAAACUUUAGCCUAUUGCUUAUUACCUCCCUGUUUUGCUGCAUUUUAUACAUCUGAAAUAAUAAUUAAAAAAACCAACACAUUUAUUUGAAAGGCAGAGAAACAGACAGCCCCUCUGGGAGAAUCACUGGGUUCCCAGCGUCCAUUGUUGCCUUCAGCCUUUUUCCCAGCUAUGAGCCAGAAGCUACCUGGGCCCUCAGCAUGUCCCAAUGACCAGAUGGCAUAACAGAAGUUUUCAGCCAAUCUGGGUGCCUGCUUUGGGAGGCCCCCGCUGCAUGGCCCAGAUACCUUUAGGAUACUCAGGUUUGGCCAGUGGUGCACUUAGAACCUUGUCCACCAAAAUCUCCCCAAGAGAUCUUUCUGAGUUUAGGAAAGGUGUUUGUUACUGCUAUUUGUAGUGCAGAAUUUGUCUAAAUGUUGAAAGCCUUUAACAGAGUUCAAGUGCCUGGAGUAUGGAAGGUGAGACAUAGAGGAGAGUCAUGAUGGAGCCAUUCCAGUGAGUCUUGCUGUGCCAUCUUGCAUCCUUUGACUUGGGACAGGAGGAAGUUUUAUCUUUUGUAGGUGGCCCCUUAACCAGUCUUUUUUUUUUUUUUUUGGACAGGCAGAGUGGACAGUGAGAGAGAGACAGAAAGAGAGGUCUUCCUUUUGCCGUUGGUUCACCCUCCAAUGGCCACCACAGCUGGCGCGCUGCGGCCAGCUCACCGCGCUGAUCUGAAGGCAGGAGCCAGGUGCUUCUCCUGGUCUCCCAAUGGGGUGCAGGGCCCAAGCACCUGGGCCAUCCUCCACUGCCUUCCAGGGCCACAGCAGAGAGCUGGCCUGGAAGAGGGGCAACCGGGACAGAAUCCGGCCCCAACUGGGACUAGAACCUGGUGUGCCGGUGCCGCUAGGUGGAGGAUUAGCCUAUUGAGCCGCGGCACUGGCCCCCUUAACCAGUCUUGCCAGUUAACAGGAAAAAUUCUACUGUGCCUUCAAGUACGACAUUCUUUUUACAUCUUUGUUUUCCAGGGCUCUGUGUAGGGCUGGUGUGUGAAGCACAGUGGACAGGAGUUGGUAGGAAGUUUGCAACAGUUAUUUUAUUGAUUUUUUUAAAAAUUAAACUUUAUUUUUAAUUAAUUAUUUUAAUUAAAGGGACAUAGAGCUCUCAUCUGCUGGUCCAUUCCCCAAGUGACUGCAAUGGCCUGGACCAGAGGCAGGAGCUGGGAAUGCAGUCCAGUUCUCCAAAGUGGGUAGGAGGAGCCCAGUUUCUUGAGCCAUCACUGCUGCUUCUCAGGGUCUGCUUUAGUGGGAAGCCAUAAUCAGGAGCCAAGGCUGGGACUUGAACCUACGUACUCUCACACAGAAUAUGGACAUCUAACUGCCAGGUCAAAUAUCCAGCAUGAUGCAUGAGCCCCCUUGCCCCUGCCAAGUUAUUUUGAGACACAGCUGCAAUAGGAAGGAUAUCAUUAAUCUGAAAUCCCACCACCUUUUUCUUUACUACUCUUACCUGCUUUUACUUAUCCUGCCUGCAGGUAUAGGGUAUUAAUUAAUUAAAAAAAUACAAGCUAUGGGUAAAGGCAGUCAGGAGAAGAAACAGGGCCCUCAGUUGAAGGUAAAGCUUUCUAGAUUCCUGGAAGUCUUCUUGGGACUAAUAACUAUUAUGUGGAGUAAGGAUCAUGUCAGGUUUAAUAAAACCUUUGUCAUUUUUAGUGAACUGUAUAUUUUCUUGACCUUCCGACAGUUGCUAAAGACAUGGCAGAAGUCUUUGUAAGCCAGUGAUUUUACAUUUAUUGAAAAAUGUGAAAAUAAAACUAGAAAAGCUUUUUAGAACACCUGUCUGAUCUUUGUCCUGGCUCAACUAGUGUUACGUCCUGUUUGCUUUGACAUUUCUUCUUACUCUCUCACAUAUGGUUUCCUCACAUGUACACUUGCACACACACACACCAGCUUUCCUUUUGUUUUUGAAGCUUUUGAGAAUAAAUUAAAUACAUUAUGACCCUUUAUUCAUGAACACUUUGUAUCUUAUAAGAAUAGGGACAUUUUCUUUUAUAACCGUAGUACCAUUACUAGUUUUAUAAAUUUACAUUAGUACUUUUGCCAGUUCGUCUGAAAUAACCUUAAUAUAAUGUUCCCCUGACUGCACAGGAUCCAGGCCAGGACAGGUAUUACAUUUAAGUGUCAUACCUCUUGUAGCUUCAUUCGUGUGGGAUAUUUUGUAGCCUUUUUUUUUUUUUUUUUGGAUGAGGUUGACAUAUUUGAAGAAUGCAUUUCUCCCCACCACUUUUUUCUCCUUUAAAUAAAACGAUACUGCUGUUAUGUUUGUCUGCUGGUAGCCCUUGAUGAACUGGUGGUUUUGCCAUCUCAUCUGCAGUGAUGCAUAGAUGACACAUUGUCCUCAGGUUGUCACAUCUUAGGGGCAUACUGUAGCUGUCUGCCCUUCGUUGGGGAUGUUGAGUUUUGACAGCCAUGCAAGGUAUUUGUAAUUCUAGCAUAGUUAGCACGUUGUUUUUCUUCCCUUGAAACCAGUAAGUUCCUUGAGGGGUGGCACUUGAACAUCUUGCCGGCAUUCUGCCCCAUAUCAUAAUUACCCCCUGAGACAGCGUCUGUUGAUGAUUCCUGCUUAGUACACUUUUUGCUGAUGAUUUCCUGUCCUCGGUACUCCCAACAUAUUUAUCAGUUGGCUCUCAUCAUUCUACUAUAAAUAUAUAUUUUGCCUACCCUUCUCCCUCCCUCUCUCCAUCCAUCCAUCUGUUCAUCAUUCAAGUCAUUGAAAUGGGUGUAUUCACUCUGACUUUUAACAGUUUAACGGUACUGAGUAUUUUGACAUUCAGAUUGUACCAGAGUUGACUGUUGAGAGCCCCUUCAAGCUGGCUCCUGUGUCAUUGUGACAUCUUUUUUUUUUUUUUUUAAAAGCGUUCCCUACUCAUCUUUUAUUACCUUGCUCCAGUCACGAUGAACAGUUUCUUGAGCCCCGUUUCCUUUUAGUGGAGAGUGGCAUGGAAGACGGAGAUCCAGAGGAAGCUUGGUGGUGCUGCUCUUUGUCUCUGCAUCCUCUCAUUCCUGAGUUUUCCAGGCGAGGUUCAGUGAGCCACUGGUAAGGUGCUUGGUGUUCCUGGGUGUCUGACUAGAAUUAAGGCCCCAGACAUUUAGUCACCCUGUGGCUGUGUGUGGUUUCAGCUUGGUGUUUAGCUCAAUAAACACAGUCAUAAGUAUAUUUCUAUCUAAAAGCUUUCUCUUUUUUUUCUUGAGAGUUAUCAGUUUCCAUUAUUUCGAUGUUGUGUAGAAAAUUUUUUAAAGCUUCCCAUUCACUGUCCCCUCCCAAAGCAGUGUAUUUUGAAAGUAUAGAAAAGUGCCAGGAAGAGGGAAGUAAGAUUACCUGUAGUUUCCCCACCUAGAGGGGAAAAAAAGAAAUAAAGAACUGUUAACCUUGUUAUAUAAAUGGACCUGGGUAGAACUAUAUUUUAAAAUUUUAACACUGAAGUUUUCCUCCUUUUUAAAUAUACUCUCAGCACUCAGAUCUUUGGAAGCUAAUAAUUCCUAUCCCAAAUGUCUUGAGACUUAGUAGUUUUAUAUCAUGUGUUAGCUUAUUGACAUUUGGAAUUACAGUGUUUUCAGAUUUCUUCUAAAAUUAGUAGUUUCAGUCUUUUUUUCCCUGACGUCCUUUGAUUAGCCUUUGUAUUCCAUCUCUUCUCAGUAGACCUGAUGAAUCUAAGCAAGAACUAUGGAACAUGUCUAGCUUUUUAUUCUUCUUUUUAAAGUUAUAUUUUUCUCAUAUUUACAUUUUGGAAAUACCCAUUUUCUUCCAAUUUUUCCCUGCUGGACAGAAAAACAAGUCCAUUAAUAAGAAGACAGUUUUUCACUUUUUCAGUGUUCAGCAGUAACUCCUUGAUAUUCAUGAGGGGUUUUCUCAUUGCAUUUAUGAACCAUAGUCUUUUCUUCUUGCUUCAUGCACAAUGACAAUAGAAGCUCCGAAAAGUUCCAAGUUGCCCCAUGUCCUACAGCUUACUAUUGGCAGAAUGGGGAUGAAAGCAAAGGCUCUCUGUAGCUUUAUGCUUUUUUUCACAAUGUGUAAAAUUUUAGUGUAAAUAUAUUAGGUUUCUUUAAUUUUAUUCUUUUAAUUCUCUGUGCUUUCCUCAGCGUUCAUGUUAUAUGCUUCAUUCUCUUGGCUUUGGAAGAAGAUGAAAGGAAAAUUUAGGGAACACGUACUAACUUUGAUCGUGGAAUGCCUUUUUCAUGGCUGCAUCAUAAAUUCUUGAAAAUAAAGGGUCUAAUGGAAACACUUAAUGAGCGAGGAGGGGCUCUAUCAUAUGUAACCUUCCCCCUGUUUUUAGUGAAUAGACCGUUUAAACUAAAUUAAGUAAAGGAUAUAAAUUCUGUUGUUUCAGUUUUAAUAUUUCAUGACUGAUUUUAUAGAUGAAAUUAUAUUUUACAAUAAAUAGGAAGAAGAAUUUAUACAGCCUGUUCUAUUUGAUGUGAAACAGCAAACCCCAUUUCUCUGUAGCUGUAAAGAAAAUUCAUUCUCAUGUCUUUAGUUGUAAGAGAUGGUUUCAUUGUGAUUAGUUACAUUGAUAAUAAAACAACCUUUUCCAAGUGGCAUAAGAUACAAAUGAUUGUAGGUGUCUGCUUUUAAUGACAUUGAAGUUUUAAAUUUUUUAUCUUACUCAUAGGACUAUCAUUCCUUCCUUUUGUUCUUUUUCUUCUGUUCUAGUAAGAAUAUUCUUUCGUUAAAAAACAAAACAAAACAAGAGUUAGAUGGAAAUGCUAACAAAGCAUUGAAUUUUCAAAAUAGUUUUUCAAAGGAGAUAUACAAUUUUAACUUAUUUGUGUAAAAUCUGACUACAAAAGAUGUAUUUGUCAGAGAUGGUUUAUUUAAUGCUGUCAUAAAAUUAAUUUUUAAAAAUUUUUUUACUUGACAGGUGGGGUUAGACAGAGAGAGAAAGACAGAGAGAAAAGUCUUCCUUCUGUUGGUUUACCCUCCCAAAUGGCCGCUCCGGCCAGUGUGCUGUGUCGAUCUGAAGCCAGGAGCCAGGUGCUUCUUCCUGGUCUCCCAUGCAGGUGCAGGGCCCAAGUACUUGGGCCAUCCUCUGCUGCCCUCCUGGGCCACAGCAGAGAGCUGGACUGGAAGAGGACAACUGGAACAGAAUCACUCCCCAGAUGGCUGAAAUGACUGGAGCUGAGCAGAUCUGAAGCCAGGAGCCCGGAGCUUCUUCCAGGUCUCCCAUAUUAUGUGUGUCAAGUGAGCCACCUGCGACACAAGGAACAUCUUCAGCACUUUGUUAAUAAUGGAUUCUGAGAAUAAACUUGAGAACGAUGAGGGUGAAAAUGUAAACAGAGAAGCAGAAGACUUGAGAAACAGUCCAUCCCCAAAGGAAGACUGUGGGCUCGUUUCUGAUCAGAGAGCAACUUCCUCUGGGAAUUUCACAAGCAAGAGAGGUUUUCCAGAAUCUUCCCACUUGGACAGUGUCAUCGUGGAGGAAGGCGGACAUGGGCGUGCUUCCAAAAGAAUGAAAUUAGAGGAGGCAGAACCCCUUAUGUCUGGAGAGCAGGGCACUCCUGUGGUAGAGGCUGCCGAGCGCACGGUCCCCGACGUGGGUGUCCCUCCAGCCGGGAUGGCGCAGGAGCCCCUCCUGAAUGCCUGUGCAGAGGGAGGCGGGAGUCUUCCCGGUGCCUUUUCCUCUGGUGAUUUAAGCGCUGUGGAUGCCGUUUCUCUAAAAACAGAUGCUGAAAAAAAGCCUGUGCAGGAGAUGGUUUCCCUGGAUGCGGAAAGAGAAUCCCCUUCUCCCCUGAAAGAAGUGAGUGUUGGUUGUGCUGUUGUAGCUGUAGACAGAGUCACCAAGUGCAGCAGAUGUGGCCGUUUGUUCUCCUCUCUUUCUGAUUUGGAAAAACAUGCUGACUGUCUCAGACCAGCGUCUAAGGAACAUACCUGCUGCCAGUGUAGCCACCAAGCGGACAGCAGCUCUGCUGUGCACCUGCACUCCAGACACACACAUGGGCCCCAGAAGGUCUUUUCCUGUGAUCUUUGUGGCUUUCACUGCGUGGAGGAAAACCUGCUGAGUGCACAUUAUCUUGGCAAGACACAUCUCCGGCGCCAGAACCUUGCUGCUCGUGGAGGCUUUGUGCAGAUUUUAACAAAACAGCCGUUUCCUAAGAAAACGUGUACCAUGGGGACAAAGACUGUUCGAGCAAAACCAAGAGCUUCUAAACCAAUGACAAAGAGUAGCGAUUCAAAAGGGUUCCGGAAUGUUGCGAGCAAGUUUAAAGAUUUCAGAGGAAACGUUUCUAAGCAGAGUGGCAGCGGUAGCGAGCUCCUUGUUGAAAUGAUGCCCUCCAGAAACACUUUGUCAGACAAAGUAGAGGUCGUCGAAGGAAACAUGACUUCCCUUGGUAUAACUCGAAAUCCUGAAAACCAGGGCAAGAAACUAGGAGGCUUAGUAACCUCAGAGAGUCUCUUAGGUAAAUUGGAAUCUACCAAAAACACUCUGCAGGCAGCACAUAAUAUCAGUGCAGCCUCAAGGCCAAGACCCGACCGGAAUGUUCUAGUGCUAGGUAGCAGCUUUCGAAGACGCAGUGGCACUUUCAGCUUGAAGGGUCAGGCAAAGAAAAGGUUUAAUCUCUUAGGAAUUAGUAAAAGAGGUGCAAGUGAGACUCAGAGGAUGUAUGCAAGACACUUUAAGACACAGACGAAAACAAGUGAUGCAGAGUCAGUGCUCAAGCAUGUGGAUGUGAGCGACAGUGUCCAGAACCUGUGUGUGACUACCUCAACCCCCCAGGAACUGACACAGGACAAGAGGGACUCCCCUCUCUUGGGCCCCGUGCAGCUGGACUCCCUGACAGUGAGACCGGCCUCUGACUGUCAUGGGUCUACUUGUGCAAACAGGACAGACUUGGGAAUCCAUGUGAAAAGGUGCCACGCCAGAGAGACAAAAUUCUGCUGCCAGGCUUGUGACUUUUCCAGUGUGUCGAGGAGGGACUUCGAUGAGCAUUUGCACAAGAGCCAGCAUCAGCAAACUGCUUCUGUCCUCAGUUGUCAGUGUUGUUCAUUUGUUUCCUCGGCUGGAGUAAAUCUCAGAGACCACAUGAAGGAGAAGCACAGCAUGAGUGUUUUUUGUACCCCUUGUAAUCUGUUCUUCUUGUCCGAGAAAGACUUGGAAGAACACAAAGCAACUGAGAAACAUAUGAGUUUGUUGGUUCAACGAAAGACUUCUCAGUCAUUCAACAAUGAUAUGGUUUUACAGACUUUACCGUUAAGUACAUUAGAAUCAGAAAACACAAAAGAGCGUUUGAAUGAGUCAGGAAAAGCAGCUCAGGAAGAACCUGUCAAAUCCAGGGUAAGCCAUGGAAAUGAAGUUAGGCAUUCGAGUAAGCCUCAGUUUCAGUGUAAGAAGUGUUUUUAUAAAACCAGAUCGUCCACUGUUCUCACAAGACACAUUAAACUUCGGCAUGGUCAGGACUAUCACUUUCUUUGUAAAGCGUGUAAUCUUUACUCCUUGAGCAAAGAGGGAAUGGAGAAGCACAUUAAACGAAGCAAGCAUCUUGAAAAUGCUAAGAAAAAUAAUAUUGGCUUAAGCUUUGAAGAAUGUAUUGAAAGGAUAUGUAUAGGCGCGAAUGACAGAAAAGAAGAGUUUAGUGUUUCUGGAAACGGGAGGACUGAAGGCCACGUGGGUGUGCCGUCACAGGAACACCCGCCUCUUGAGAAGGGCACGCUGACCCCUAGGGAGCUCUCGCAGCCCAGUGUCAUCACCAAAGACGACGAGUUCACUUUGACCUCUACUCCAAAGAGAGGGAGACCCAGAGGUCAUGUCUCGAGGACAUGCACACACUGUGGUCUUUUGGCCUCUAGUAUUACCAAUUUGACUGUCCACAUUAGACGAAAGCACAGUCACCAGUAUAGUUACUUAUGCAAAGUGUGUAAGUAUUACACUGUCACUAAGGGAGAUAUGGAACGUCAUUGUGCCACUAAGAAGCACAAAGGACGAGUAGAAAUAGAAGCCAAUGGAAAGCAAAGUUCAGAUAUCAUCGUUGGCCCUGAAGGGGGUCAUCUUGAACCCUGCAAAAAGAACACCACUUCAGCAGUGACGACUUCAGAUGAGCAGGCUAGUAAGUCAGCUGAGGCAGAGAACUCUGCUUUAGAAAAGCCAGGAGAUCAUGGAAAUGCAAAUGAAGUCGAAGUUGAAAGUGAAUUUCAUUCUUUAGAUGGGGAAGCUAUUGACAAGAAGGGACAAAUAUCUUUAGAGCCAGAAGACUCUCUCCAUCAAGGGGAUGUUACAGGUACGAGUGAUAACAAAUGUCUACACUGUGAGUUCAGUGCUCACUCUUCGGCUUCUCUCGAGUUGCACGUAAAACGGAAACAUACAAAAGAGUUUGAGUUCUAUUGCAUGGCGUGUGAUUACUAUGCAGUAACUCGUAGAGAGAUGACAAGGCACGCAGCCACCGAGAAGCACAAGAUGAAGAGGCAGUCCUACCUCAGCGCUUCUCAUGUGGACGCGGGUUCUGCAGAAGUGUCCAGAAAUAUCCCCGUGCCAGAAGAGGAGCCUCGGCAAAACGCUGAGGAGUUUCAGUUAAUCUCACGUCAGUCAUCUGAUGCGCUGAAAUCCGGAAGUGGAGCAGGUGGCCCUGUUUCAGAUGAGCGUGCGGACUCAGACAUGUCUAAAGUGCUCUGUGCUCCUGACUCUGUGGAAACCGAGGCUGGGGAAGAGUCCACGUUCAGUGAAGACCAUUCCUUUUGUCAGGCUUUCCAGCAGCCCCUUGACGGGAGUAAAGUGGUGAAACCUGAGGAGAUGGUUUCCCUUAAUAUUUCUUCCAAUUUUGAUUCCCCAAGCAGAUUUCAAGAUGAAAAUUCAGGAAGUUCUGUUUUGAAUUGUGAGACAGCAAAGAAAAAGCAUGAAAUGCUGAAUGAUAUUGCUGAUGCCAGUAUGCAUUGUGAAGUUGGUGGUGGAAGCACGGGAGAUAGUGGAGGCCAAGUCCUGCCCAAACACCUGAGUCCUGGGGUUCUGGAUGGGGCGCACGCAGCUGAGAGCCCUGCCCCUGUUGUGACGAGUGUUACAAGAGAGCAGCCUACGCUGGACAGCAGUGGCCGAGACACGGUUGGGUGUGCACAUAGUUUGGAGGAUUUGAAAGGUGUACAAGAAAAUCCUGUUCUGGAGAAUAAGGGAAUUCUGAUGAAUUCCCAGCAUGAAACUGAAAUUGUUUUGGAAGAAGACGGCCCUGCUUCUGAUGGCACGGUUGAAAGUAGUGAUGUUUAUGAAACUGUAAUCAGUAUUGAUGAUAAAGGGCAGGCCUUGUGCAGUUUUGGCCGGUUUGAUUCUUCCAUAGUACGAAUAAAGAACCCUGAAGAUGGUGAGUUGAUCGAGCAGUCUGAGGAGGGUCUGGUAGCAGCAGGGGUGAGGAUCAGCGAGCUGCCCUUGAAAGACUGUGCUCAGGGCCUGAAAAGGAAGAAGCCUGAAGGCAGUUCCUUUGGCGAGUCCACACGGAUUCGUUGCGAUGACUGCGGCUUCUUAGCAGAUGGACUGAGUGGACUAAAUGUCCACAUAGCCAUGAAGCACCCUACAAAAGAGAAGCACUUCCAUUGUUUGCUGUGUGGAAAGUCAUUCUACACAGAAAGCAACCUUCAUCAGCAUUUGGCUAGUGCUGGUCAUAUGAGAAAUGAACAGGCUAGUGUUGAAGAGCUCCCGGAGGGAGGGGCCACCUUUAAAUGUGUCAAGUGUACAGAGCCCUUUGAUUCCGAACAGAAUUUAUUUCUACAUAUCAAAGGACAGCAUGAGGAAUUGCUACGGGAAGUGAAUAAGUAUAUUGUGGAAGACACUGAGCAGAUCAACCGUGAGAGAGAGGAAAACCAGGGGAAUGUUUGCAAGUAUUGUGGGAAGAUGUGUCGAAGUAGCAAUUCAAUGGCAUUCCUGGCACAUAUUCGCACCCAUACAGGAUCGAAACCGUUCAAGUGCAAGAUAUGCCAUUUUGCAACAGCUCAGCUUGGAGAUGCCAGAAACCACGUGAAGAGGCACCUAGGGAUGAGGGAAUACAAGUGUCACAUCUGUGGGGUUGCAUUUGUAAUGAAGAAGCAUUUAAAUACGCAUCUACUAGGCAAACAUGGAGUUGGCACCCCAAAAGAAAGGAAAUUUACAUGCCACUUAUGUGAUAGGAGCUUCACAGAGAAGUGGGCCCUGAACAACCACAUGAAGCUCCACACAGGAGAAAAGCCGUUUAAGUGCAGCUGGCCCACGUGCCACUACUCAUUCCUCACCGCCUCGGCCAUGAAAGACCACUACAGGACGCACACAGGCGAGAAGUCGUUUCUAUGUGACCUCUGCGGCUUUGCCGGUGGGACCCGGCACGCCCUCACCAAGCACCGCCGGCAGCACACAGGAGAAAAACCUUUCAAAUGUGAUGAGUGUAACUUUGCUUCCACAACCCAGUCCCAUUUGACUCGACAUAAGCGUGUGCACACUGGAGAAAAGCCGUACAGAUGCCCCUGGUGUGACUACAGGUCAAACUGUGCUGAAAACAUCCGCAAGCACAUUUUACACACUGGCAAGCAUGAAGGGGUCAAGAUGUACAACUGCCCCAAAUGCGACUACGGCACCAAUGUCCCUGUGGAAUUCCGAAACCACUUGAAGGAGCAGCAUCCUGAUAUCGAAAACCCUGAUCUCGCCUACCUGCAUGCUGGCAUUGUUUCCAAGUCCUACGAGUGCCGCCUGAAGGGACAGGGAGCCACCUUCGUGGAGACGGACAGUCCGUUCACGGCAGCCACCCUGGCAGAGGAGUCGCCCGUCAAAGAGAAGUCCCUGCGGAGCAGCAAGAGGCAGGCCCCGCCUCCCGAGCAGGUGCAGCAGGUCAUCAUCAUCCAGGGCUAUGACGGGGACUUCGCCCUGGACGCCUCUGUGGAGGAGACGGCCGCGGCCACCCUGCAGACCCUGGCGAUGGCCGGCCAGGUGGCCAGGGUGGUGCACAUCACGGAGGACGGGCAGCUCAUUGCCACGAGUCAGAACGCAGCCCACGUUGGCAGCGUGGUGCCCGGGCCCAUCCUCCCCGAGCAGCUGGCCGAGGGAGCCACGCAGGUGGUGGUCGUGGGGGGCUCGAUGGAGGGCCGCGGUGUGGAGGAGGCCCUGGGCCCCGGAGGGGCUGUGAUCCAGCAGGUCACCAAGCAGGAGGUCUUCAGUCUGUCCGAGGCCGGGACGCCCGACGCCGCCUCUGCCUUGGAUGCUUUGCUCUGCGCCGUCACCGAGCUGGGGGAGGCGGAGGGCAGGGCAGGGAGCGAGGAGGAGCGGGGCCGGCCGGGCCACAAGGACGUGCUCAUCCAGCUGCCCUGCCAGGACGCGUCGCACGCGGCCGCCGCCGAGCCCGAGGGCCCCGAGAUCCAGGUGUUCCCAGACGGCCAGGAGAGCCCGGGGGCCCUGGAGGUGCGCACCCAGGUGGCCCGCGCCUCCGCCCUCGUCGCGUCUCCAGAGCGAGCACAGGUGGCCUUCAAGAAGAUGGUGCAGGGCGUCCUGCAGUUCGCCGUGUGUGACUCGGCUGCGGCCGGCCAGCUCAUCAAGGACGGCGUCACCCAGGUCAUCGUGAACGAGGAGGGCGCCGUGCACAUGGUGGCCGGGGAGGGCUCCCAGAUCCUCAUGCAGGAGCCCGAGGCCCACGGCCUGAGGGUGCCGGGCGAGCACGUGGACCUGGUGGAGUCUGACGGGGAGAUCUCGCAGAUCAUUGUCACGGAGGAGCUGGUGCAGGCCAUGGUGGGCGAGUCCGCCGGCGGCUUCCCCGGGGGCGCCACCCACUACAUCGUCACGGAGCUGCCCCCGGGGGCGCAGGAGGACGCGGGCGUGUUCUCCCACACCGUGAUCGAGACGGCCGGCCCCCAGGAGCUCCUGCAGGCCGAGGCCGUGGCCCCGGGCGGGGCGGAACAGCUGACCAGCAUGGUCAUUUACACCCAGGACGGCUCCCCCGCGGCCACGGUGAUUCAGAGCCACAGAGAAAGCAGCGAGCUCCAUGAAGCCUGAGCGUGGGCGCCGGGCCCGACUCCACCCAGGGGUGCAGGAGAGGCCCAGCGAGAGCCGCGAGCGCGCCGGGGCAGUGGGCCGGGCCGGGCCCGGGCGGCCUUCCUGGCUGCAGCUCGCUGGCCUGGCUUUCACGCCCUCCAGUGUUCCCCGUUCAGUCCCUGCAGGACGGUGGCCCACGGCAGUCAGCUACGGAACAGGCCUCCUGCGGCGUGGGGCUACUGCCCCGGCGGUCAGCGCGCAGCUGGCUUUAACGUUUUGUUGUCAAUUGGUUGAAAGUUGCAGCUGCGAUUAUUACCGUCUGGAAGCAGUCCACUCCAUUCAUUUUCUCUUUCUUUUGAAACUUUAGGAUAACAAUGUCCCCAGACCAAAGGAAGCCUGUUAGUUCAUUUCACGUCUAAAUCUCCUCCCUUCAAACAUUGUCACCGUAUUCAUCGCUCUGGUUGCAUUCUGCAUAUAAGAAAUAUUAAGCCCAUGGUUAAGAAAAGCCUUGAAGUUUAUUUAAGAUAUACCUUGGUUAAGACAGCUGUUGCUCCUGACUUAGCUUCCUGCCAUGAAAUCUGUCUAUGAAAUGUGCACUCUGGAAAAUACUGCUCAUAUCAAUAUUUUGCUUUUCAUGACAAACAUUUGUUCUUACUGCUGUCGCUCUGCAGGAUCUAUUUGUGAUUUGUGUCGGUCUGAACAGGCUGACCUUGAAGGUAAGCAGACAGACACCGUGCCCCUCCGCCCCCCGCCCCUCCCGACCGGCGUGGUCCGUGGACGCACCGCGCUGUGGAGUACGAGUUCCUGUUCCAGUUUGUUUCUAGAUAUGACCGCUCUUGCUUCUCCGGAACUGUAAGAUAAUCCCCUCCCUCCAAGGCAGAAGUUGUUUUCAUUCUGUUUUCUUUGAAAUAAAAUUGUAGCAGUAA